AUGAACUAUCAAGAUGCUUACAUUCAAGAUAAAAAAAGAAAAUUAAGUCAAGAAAUGGAUCAAGAUACAAUUAAAGAAACAAUCUUGAAUGUUGAGCAACAAAAAGAUAUUGAUUUAUUAAUGGAAAAUCAUGAUAUUGAAAAUAUUGCAGAACAUGCAAAAAAUAUUGAUACAAAUACAAUUGAAGAAUUAACAAGACAAAAUAGAGCAUUGAUAAUUAUUGAAGAAUUUUUACAAAAUGAAAAUUUAGAAUUGAAAAAAAGUUUUAAAGAUUUAGAAAAAGAAAAUCAAGCAUUAAAAAAAGUUUUAAAAAAUGAUUUUCAAUCAAAUUAUAAAUAUAUUAAUAAAUCAUAUAUUUAA